UCAUCAGCCUCACUGUCCAAUCCCAGUCCAGACCUGGACAGCCCUGGUGUGAAGGCCAUGGCUCAAUGGAUAAAGAGCGUAUCCUUCAGUACGACAGUGACAGCAAUGAGGUCAGACCUUUGGGUCCCCUGGGAGAGAAGCUAAAGUCCACCACAGUGUGGACAGAAUUGCCACAAAUGUUGGGAGACAUGGGGCGAGAUUUCAGGAUGAUCCUGCCUGACAUCAGACUGGAGGGAAACAAGACCAGGGGUCCUCCCACCCUGCAGGCCGAGCUGUCCUGCCAAUGUGAGGCAGGACAAUGCACUGGUGGGCCCUUGAAGUUUAACAUCAGUGGACAGACCACCCUCAUCUUGGAACCAAUGAGCAGGAACUGGACAGUUGUUGGUAGUCCUGGAGCCAGAGGGGUCAUGGAGGACUGGGAGAAGAAUGGAUGGGUGGAGAUUUUCAGGAAGUUCUCAAUGGGAGAAUGCAUUCUCUUCCUCAGAAAAUUCUUAGACCACAGGGAGAAAGUGCCGGAGACCCCAGCACCACCAUUACAGUCCUCAGCAUCCCCUCCGAGUACACAGAAAAACAUUUCAUGGGUUAUCGGUGGCAUCUUCAGGUCCAUUUUCAUCUUCAUCUUUCUGGGUGUUUGGUUGUGGAAGUCAGGCAGGAUGAAAGCACGGUGUUGCCCAUGUACCACAUCUCAGGGACCUGGUGUGGAAACCAUCAGGGACGCUGGAGGUGAAGAACUGAACAUGGUGUCUGGUGGUUCCCCAGCUGAGCUAGUCGGUGUGUCUGGAGCAGACCCUGAAGUCAUAAGGAUGUGUGGAGAGCCCCUGCUCCCCAAGAGCUCAUGCCCCUUUGAAUUGAUACCCUGAGCAGGUCUGGCUGGUAUAUACUAAUAAAAAAGAUUGGCUUUAUCGACUGUGCCAGGCAGUGGCUAAUUAAUUACUACAGCGUAGUAUUGUGAAGGCAUUAAGAUUUCCAGAACUUUCUAUUAUCCUGUCUCCUUUCUGCAUUGAUACAAUCUUUAUUUCCUCGCAAACCUGUUUUCUCAUUUUAGAUCCUGUAAUACAGGUACUGCAAAACGAGCUUGAGUGACCCCUUGCUGCCACCUGUUGUUUUUCAUAGGAAGUUGUAGUGAGAGUCAGCAUACAUCCUGGUUAGUGGAAUAAAUGAAAAUCCACGGAGGUCGUCACUGAGGGUGCUCCACCAGCCAGUGUCUGGGACUUGGUGCCUGACGCCCGUUCUGCUCACUUCUGUGUUUAAGUUCCCCACACUGUAUGUGACCAACCUGUGACUCUACUGAC